CUGAGUCACUAAUGAAUGUCCCAGGAUUUUUUGUGCGUCUUCGUUCGACCUUCUAGGAGAGAAAUGCAGCCGCUGUUUGGCUGUCGCCCAGGUUCAGUUAGCGAAAGUAUAUCGCUCCUUGUAAUCGCUGCUCUUCUUCAUUCGCGCGAUGAUGCCCUAUAAAUACAUAUGAGGACCACAAUUCCGGAGCGAACUCAGUUUUUCGUUGGCAUCCCGACCGGCAACUGAAACUCUCGAGCGACCAAUCAUGAGGCUCUUCCUGAUGACAAUGCUGGUGUUGGCCAGUAGUUUAGCCGAUCCCAUUGACAAGAAUUCAGAAAAAUUGCAGAGCGCUUCAGAGGCAAAAAGACAUGAGAAAAGAAAUAUAGAUUGCUCGAAUGGACAUAGUAUACACAUAUAUUGUCCACCGGAAGCUCCACUCGAACCGUCAUCCUUCUUAGUUCAACAGCCAGUCGUGCAUGUGCCUGUGCCUGUGCCUGUGCCUGUUCCGCAGCCAGUUCCGGUACCACAUCCAGUACCCGUAGUAGUACCGGUCACUAAGCACGUACCAGUUCCCUUACCGAUUCAUGUCGAACGCACCGUGCAGGUGCCAGUGCCUAAACCGUAUCCCGUGGAGAAGAUCGUCCAUGUGGACCGGCCAGUCCCGGUGACAUUCGAGAAACAUGUGCACAUUCCAGUCGAUCGACUGGUACCGGUACCGCAACCGUUUCCCGUUGAGAAGGUCGUGCAUGUAGACCGACCGUAUCCGGUGCCGGUGGCAGUGCCAAAGCCGUACGCAGUACCGGCCUUCAUACACAAACAUAAGUUAUUCAAUUGUUGUUAACGCACUCGCCGAGUUCCGUUUUAAUGCAGUAGCGAUAUGAUAUUUUCACUAAUAUCGUAACUUAAUGUGUCAGUAUAAUCUUUUAGUGAUAUAAG